AUGGCCUUAGAGAAAGCUUCAUCAAAUUUUCUAUUUCAAAAUCAGAGAAUUGGCAGCGUUCAAGAGGGUCAGAUGGAGAAACUGUUGCAUAUGUGCCAAGGGAAUCCCCUCAUCAUUAGGGGAAUGGCAGCAAUCUUGAGGCAACAAAUAGCUGAUGACAUCAGGAUUCUGGAAACGAUUGAGCAGCCAUUGACGGUCGAGCCUCCAGAGUCGGGUAUACAACCAGCAGAGGAGAGUCGAGAGAGAGACGUACUUGACUCUGUAAAGGAAGGCAUUGAUAAAGAACGAGAAAGCUGUUUAAGAAAAAUGUUUUUCUUCUUGCCGAGUAAACAGUUGAAAGAUUCUGCCAUUUCGAUUUCACUGUUCUGUCGCUCUUUCUCUGUCAAAUCAGCAGCCGAAGUCCUUGGAGUGGACUCGUCAGAAGCUGUUUUACGACUAGAGGGUCUCAGGAAUAGUGAAGUGCUCACGGUAGAUCCUGAAGUGCAAGAACUCAGCUAUUGCAUAAACCCUUUAGUGCGAACAUUUCUGAGAAGCAUCGGAAGCAACCAAAGGAUGUUCGUAAAAGUUUACGAGAAGGCAAAAGCCAGGUUUUGUUCAUAUUUCAUGUCCAAAAUGGUAGAGAUUUCCAGGCUUUUGGACAAAGACUACAUCAAUGCCUUCGAUAAUUUUGAUCUUGACAAGCCAAACUUUAAACUUGCUUUGGAUAUUUCUUUCAAGUCAGACCAUCUUCCUAUCCCAAAAGAGUAUCGUGAAAGUGUCAUGAUCUUUAAUCUCUUCGAAGCCGUGCUUGACGAAAAAGUAAGGAAGAACAUUUUUAAUUGCUGGGCUGAAAAAGUCAAGGAAGAUGGAAAGGAAGGUAAAGUUUUAUAACAUACUAGAAAAAAUUCUUAGUUUGCGUGGGAAUUUCUCCUGGAUACUUCGGUAAUGUAAGUUAGCUGUCGAUCUGAUAGAAAAACUAACAAAUAAAACUGACUAAACUCGACUGACAACAACAAUUUACUUGACUCUGGUGAUGAGUUUAGCUCAGGUUAUCGAAACUUCAGUCACCACUGACGACAACAGUCCUUCUCAGGACUUCACUCACCCAGACGAUCAGACUACACGAUCAAAGCUACUGAAAGUAAUCUGACCUCCUCGGUAAGGAGCUUAUAGCCUUCUUACUUUGUUCAAAUCUGUUUAAACUCCCAAAGAGUAUUUCACGAUGAAGUUGUAUAGGGUAUAUGAACUAAGAUUCGGUAUAUUUUUUUUUCAGUUUUGUUGACGAAGCUCGACGAGCUCGUUUGACGCAAUAUGCGAAUCGUUUUUUUAUCUUGUAAAGGGUAACUUCCUCACUUGGGUCUAGGUUUGAACAUGCGUCCCCGCUGAGACUUUCCUUAAACAUUCUUCAAGUUUACCAUCAUUGACAUUCUAAUAAGAAAUGAAAACGCUCUCCGGUUAAAAAUGUGCAUAAAACUUAUGGGGAGAGAAAAACUUGUUUCCCAUGUUGUCUUUCUAGGUUCCUUGCUUCGAGCAGAACUAAGAUGCCGAGAAACUCUGGCGGUUCUUAAUUUCGAAGGAUGGCAGCGAGCAUUGACAGCCGCGAGGAGAGCAAAAGAGUCGCUUAACAAAGUACAAGAAAAAACAAAGAGUACAGAUUCCUUUAGGUUGACCAAGAGUUCCUACCUGUACGCUAAAGGUGAAGUGUAUUACAGAGCAGGGAAUAUGGCAAAGUCACUAAGGAUUUUGCACAAGGCGCUGAAGAUAAUGGAAAAUUUACUUCAAAGCCAUACAAGCACUUCGAGGUGCUUAAACGCCAUUGGAAACUGCCACAACAAGCUAGGAGAACAUGACGAGGCAAUAAAGUACUACAUGAGGGCAUACGAUAUGACAAAACAGCUCUCUGGCUCAAUGAAUCAUUUUGACAUGCCCUUCUUCAAAGGACAGAUCGGGAAGGUUUAUGAAGGAAAGAAACAAUUUGAAAAGGCAAUCGAAUUCUACAAAGAGGCCAUAGAGCUCGCUAAGGAACUAAAAAUCCCAGGCAUGGUGAACACUGCGCUGUACAAUCGAAACAUUGCAAACGCGUACUGUUGGUUGAGAAACUUUAAAGACGCCUACCAACCUGCAAAGAACGGUUACAAAAUCCGGAAUUCCAUUUUAGGAAGGCACCCUUGGACUGCGCGAAGUGCUUUCCAAAUGGCGGAGAUUUGUCGAAGCUUGGCUGACUUUGACGAAGCGGAAGAGUUUUAUGAGGAAGCAUGGAAGAUUGAGAAGUCUCUAGGUCAAGGAAACCACAGCGAGGUCAUGGUCAGAAUCGUUGAGAGCUACGAAAAGAGGAAAGAUCAGUUUCGACAAGAAGCAUUCGACUUUUACCUACGCUACUGGGACGAAGAAAGAGCCUUCAAAGGUUUUGAAUUUUCUCUCGCCAACAAGAGAGUUAUUGAUUCGAUAAACGAAAGACUUAGUGAAUUUGGCGGCCAGCAAACACAGAAGAGAUACCAAAACGAAGCUCUAUGGUUUUAUGAAGGCGCGUGGAAUUCACCCGACACGAGAAAGUUACCAGACAUCGCCAGAGAGGAAAUUCUGCAAACUCUUUACAGACUCUGUGCCCAGCUUUGCGAGAAAAGUAAGGCCGAAAAGUACAGUAACGAAGCCUUUCAAUUUUAUGAAAAGAAGUUGAAAAGAAAUAAGGAAGGGAUGUCAGAGCACGACAGAAUCGACAUUCUUACCACUCUUGUACACAUGGCUACAUUACAGAUGAAAGAGAAAAAGAAACAGAAGUAUGAGAGUUUGUUGAAGGUAUGACAAAGUUCUUUAACCUAUCAGUGUAUGACAUCAACAUGAACGGAUUUUAGCCGGUUUGGUAUGUAUGAUAGUGCGAUCGUUAACUUUCAUUAGUUUUCCACUCAGUAGUUGGUUGAAUAGCAACCUCGCGAAAUCUACCUAGCUAGUCUCCUUGUGGAAAUUAUGUAUCCCUGACUUGCCAAAGGCGUUGUCCUUACAUUCAGUUGCCCAAGAAUGCUACAUUAUCCUUCGUGGCUCAACAACAUUUUGCUUUUCAUUAGCUCUUUAAGUUACUUAGAUUAGAAUUAAUGGCGAUUAUCUGAACUUUUUCGCGUUUUAAUGCUCCCUCAGGAAGCCAAACAGAGCGAAACCUUGAUGGGAAGAAUGAAAGAAUUCCUUUCUUCAGGAGCAAAAGGUAUUUGAUGAAGGAAAACUUUGACCAUAAGUCAAACAUAUAUUAAAUAACGAAAGACACACGCGUUCUCUCGAUAACAUUAGUUAAAAACGCAUUCAAUUACGCUUAUUAAAAAACGUGAUUAACCAGGUUUUUUUCAUAAGCGUACUUUCAGGCGUUUUUUUACCAAUAUGUCCGAAAGAACGCGAGUGUCUUUAGUUAUUUAUGUACAUGGUUGAUGUUUUGUAAAGUUCGUCAUUCCACGGGGUGUGGGCGAACAAAGAUUUCCUGUUAUUGUUUUUUAAAAGUAAGAUUUGCUUUUCAUUGGUGCAAUCUUUUUAAAACAAAAAACUGUGUUAUAUUUUAAGCUGAACAGCUGUCCAGUGAGGACGAUGACGAUGACAAUGAAGUUGACAUUCCUUCCGAUGAUGAUGAUGAUCUCGAUAGUAGCAGUGGCAGCGAAGAGAUUCCAGAGGCUAGUGGGCAAGUGCAACAACCAACAAUUCCAGAAGAAGAUGGCGAAGAAUUAGAAAGUGAGCAGGAACAAGAUCCAGAUAGGAUAAAGAUACGCGAGUAAGUGGAAAUGAAUGAGUCGCUUGCGUUUGCGCAAAGAUUUCUGAGAUCGCUACGGGGCAAAUAUUGCAAGUUGUUGUAAAGAAAUAUAUGGAGAGAGAUCGAUGCUUUUUCGCCGAAUUUUUGAUCAUAAAUGAAUUAGAUAAUGUUAAUACGAGGGAACUGUUAGUUUUCGUCGAAAUUACCAAGAAAUCAUGUUACAGAAUAUACCGAUAUUCUCUCUUUGCCUAAGGUCUAUUAUGAGGUCGUCGUCGCUUAAUGGUCUCGACAUAGUACAAAAUUAGCCAUAAAUCGCUAGGAAAUAACUCUUUUAAGUCUUUUCAGUUUUAUUUAUGGAUGCACGGUCUGUUUUCAUACGUGUUAACGUAUUAAGUAAACAAAAUUACGACGUCUGAAAUAUACCUCCUCAACGGGGAGAAGUCGUUGGCAGCAGACAAGGAAAUCAUUUUUACCGAGCUGUUGCUCUUUGGAAGGAUGAAGUAAGUGAUGAAGUGGGGAGAAACACGAGACGUUUCUCCUACACUUCUUUCGUGCUCUAGCCGCUUCUUGCGUGCUUUACAACAGAACAGAGCACAGUCAAGGCUUCUCUAUUUGUUGAAAAGUAGAAAAAAAUUUUCCUGAGAACAAUCAACCAUGACGGUCACACACAAUUGAGAAUUUCGGGAUUGAGUGAAAAUGGCUAUUUUGAAUGCUGUUCAUAAAAUUUUAAGCAGAAUGUUAUUCAUUCUCUUACUUGAAGAGAUAACUGAGAUACAAAUUGCACUAAAAUUUUUCAAAACCUACAAUUCAUCAGGAAAAAGUACACCUACACAUAUUUAGAAAAAGCAUUGCUUCACUGAGUUAAGUACUCACGAUUCGUGAUAUUCGGAAGCGUUGCAAUUAGUCCGGUUAAGUAAAACUUUUUAACUUCUUCCCCAAUAUCCGUCUCGCGUUAUUUAAACGCUUAUAGACCUAUAAAAAGUGCAUCUCAGAUUGCUCAAAAUUUAUUCAUUAAAUGUAGUAUUGUUUUAGUUUAGCAUCACUGCAGAGGGUAAAUAACUAUUCAAAAGGAAACCCGAUUCUGCCGUAUAUUCACCCGGAAAAAGGUCACAAAAUACGUCGUUUCGGCCUUGCCCAGCGAAGUUGACUGCAUCUUCGUGAUUUGACUUCGAGUGUCCACCCUCGAGCGUAAAAUAACAAAAUGUUGUGUUUUGCAUGAGUUUUCACCAAUGGAGCCAGAUACAGACAACCAUUUUGUGCAGUUCGCAGAACCACAUACGCGUAAGACUCGAGAGCGAAAACUCAACCAUUUAUUUACAGGUAUUCCGAUGAAAAUUCCAGAAAUGUUCCAGUAAUCAAACUCAAUAAACAUCCAGUCGGGCAAUAAGGCAGUUUUUCUACGAACAGAAAUUACUCCUUAACCGAGCCAAAUUACAAUACACGUAAAAUACGAUAGAACUUACCGACUUUUGCGAGUUUACAGUGACCCUAGCUCAACAAUUUUGGUUACCAAAAUAUGCCAGUACAUGCACGGCGACUGGUUCUUAUUCGACAAAGGACGUGGCCGAUAUCCCGGGUGAUAAUAUCAAAAUGUAAGCACGCAGUGGGAACUACAAACCAGCUAGCUCCGCAUCAAGAUGGUCCAUCAUUGAAGUUGAUGAGACCGAGUUUGAAGAGCUGCAAAACCGUCUUGAAAGAGAAAUUCACUUUACAUUCAAGAGGGAACAUGAUAAGCGUUUCCACUCAAGCAAAGGCUUGAUAAAUGUAAUUUUGUGUUUAUUUCAGAAGUAAAAUUGCACACGAGUCAGAGACCUGGAAUCUUGCAGAGGCUGGUGCAUCCAUCACAUUUAACCUCGGAGCGAUAGCAAAAUCCUUGACCAUAACAUGUUCAUUAUGGAGCCCCGCAGCCCUCUCUCCGCCUAUUGGUAGUAAUGAGCUCUUGGUAAGCAAUGUGAUUGAACUGUCUCAUGAUGGCCCACCUGAUCUGGAGUUCGUGGAAAAUGCUUCGGGAAGCAUAAAUGUGGCUUUGUUUCACAGUGCCUCUAACUUCAAAGGAUACGAGGUGGUUAUCAAGCAGUUGGUUGACUCCCAAUACAACGAGUGGGAGGAUUUGGAGACAAAAAACGUUUGGCAUUCGUCAGGUACUGAAAUAAUAAAUUUUACCGAUGAGAUCCAUACACAAGUAUCAUUCCAUAUACUUCUUGCUAAUUUCUCAAUUCCUAGUUAGGGUCAUUUUAAGGGAGAUGAGGAGCCGGCUUAGUGGUUCGUGCACUUAACUCCAGAUCGACAUUUAUAGUUUCAAAGUGGUGUGUUCUCGGGCAAAACUAGGAAUGGAUUAGAAUGGCAGCAUGGAGAUUCUCCCAUACAGACCUCCAGCUCGGUUAAUAGGGACUAAGGAAUAAUUAAAACGAAUUACACCUACAGGAAAGUUAUUAACAGUAUCUUUAUCUCAGACUUCCCGCUCUGUGACAAAGAUUGAAGUAAUAGCCCUAACCAAUAAUAUCUAUUGUAGCAUUACUAAUAAUGUUAUUAUGUUACAGUAAAUUCAACCGUUCCCAAUUGGACGUGCCCUUUCGCUGAAGCUGCUUGCUCAAAAACGUGGUUUUCCACGUUUGCAGCAGUCUGGCGCCUCAAGUCUUUUGUCUUUCCUAAGCUUACGUCUGAGACCUCUGAGUUUAUCUGUUCACUGCCAGACUAUCCAAAUGUUAGUGUUGCAAUUCCAUGGAGUUCUUUGCCUACCGAUACAGACUUUUCUUUAACUCUUAAGGUAUUUAUACCCGAUGUUGCAUUUGUAAGAAAUAAUUAAGAUGAUGAUGAUAAUGAUAAUAAAAUUUAUUUUCAUCUUAAUUGUUAUCAUUAAUAUCAUUAAUACAAUAUCUAUCAUUUAUUUCAUAAGACUUUAUUAGCGAUGAGAAAAAAAAAACAACUUAUUGCCAAGAGGGUGUUAAAUUGAUACAAACUCAAAUGCUCUGAUCUAAAUUACGGUCGAUAACGGAUUUUAUGAAAAAUAACAUGUUAGUAUGUUCAGAGUGCAUAGAUUUCAGCUGAGAAAAGAAUGUUUAAUCAAAUCUAUUUAAUGGCCCUAUUUUAUUUGGGAAACUACCGGUAGCUAACAAGAGUACCUUGGGUUAACAUAAAUUUCUGAUGUGAUUGUGCUGGCUCUUAAUUUGAGGUGCAAGAGGCGCCAACCAUUGACCACGAUGUAGGUGGAAUGUUUGUUGGUCCGAUUCUUCACAUUUCGUGCUCACACGAUGUGAAGCUGUCAGUGCCAGCAAAAAUCAGCGUCCCGCUGGUACUCACGGACGGUGAAAUAGAGCCAGUGGAGCUGCGUUCAGGUCAGUUGAAGAUACUACAUUUCACGUCAACAGAGAAAUCACAAGAAUGGACUGAUAUCACAGAUCAUAUGGAUAUGCCUGUAGUCCUAAGAAAUGGAAUAGUGACGUUUCAAGUCAAAACUUUCUGCCGGUAAGAUAAAGACGUAGACCGCAUUUUCAUUUUGUCAGCUGUUUACAUUUUUUUUUACAUUUCUUGAAGUAAACCAUUAGUUUUAGAAACGCGAUGUCCGCUUUGCAACUGUUAUGAAACUCCAAAUUUCGUCAGUUCUUAUGCUGUGGGUUUGAAUGUGAUAAUGAGUGCAAAAGAGCACUGAAAAGUAACAUCGAUCGAUUAAUCAAUGUACUCAAAGUACAUCAUACGCCUGGUUUUUGAGAUAUUUUGAUUCCACUAGCGAGUGACUUAAAAAUAGGAAGCAUCUAGUAAAAAUUCUAAGGAAGUUGAAAAACAAAGAUGCUUGACGCCAAUUUUAUCGCAACAACUGCUCCUCAUAUGUACCAAGGUGAGGUAUACCUACUUGUGAGUAAAAGAACCAUCCCCCCCUCUGCCCUCGUCCUCCACCCCCUCCUUCUCCUUUCUCAACAUUGGGUGAAUCCCUUGAGCUUCUCUAAGUUAUUAAAGCUGGCUUUAAAAUUAAAAGUUCUCACUAAAAAAAGUUUCUUCUCAAGAGGCCAACACGCUUUCUAAUAAGUGUAGAUGCGUCUUAAAACGUGUAUUUUUUGGUUCAUGACGAGUAGAGUUUUCUGCCAUUCUCUUUCAGGUUUUGGCCCUGGUUGAUAAAGACGUCCGCUAGCAUUCCACGGAAAUAUGCCUCGCUCCUAUACGAGAGAAUCAUGAAACGCCGCGUUGGGUUUUUAGCUUGCUUAUGCAAGGAUACAGUACCUUCGACAUACUUUCUGGAGUUGUUUUGUUUCCCGCAGCAUUUAAGAUCUGGAGUGGAUAAAUCUAUAUCCUUAAGACAUUUUGUGACUUUGCGUAUAGAAGAAACCUCGCAGCUGUCGAGCGGUGAUGAGACAUAUGUUUCUCUUUCAAAUGGAUUUGAAGUGCAUGGGGCGGGAAAUGCAAAGGACAUCGUCUUAAAGUAAGGACCAGCCCUGUUACGUUUUAUCGGUCCAUCAUCAUCAUCCGCUCAUUUGUAAAAUAACGUGAAAAGACAUUGUGCUUCUGCCUCUCAGGCAUGCUACAUUGACCAAUAGUAAUAAUGAAAUGGUACAGUAAGCGCAAAUAAUUGGAAUCUUCUCCUCUUAAUCAAAAAACCUAGAGAUUCACCUGUGACUAAACAGUGACUAAAAGAAGGGUUGAGAAAGCGGCAAUGGCCCUCGAUCUUAAGAUCACAAGUCUGUUACACAUUCAAAUUAUCCAUUCUAACUUCUUACUUUAAUAAAGCUCAGACUCUUAGAGAAAUUUAAACUUCAGUACUGUAAAGUUAAAUAGGUUCCUUAAGUAUGUGAUUCCUUCAUUAAGUUCGACCGAGAAGAAACCCAAAAUAACUUGACGGGUGUUUUUGCUGCUAGCAAAGAUGCAUAUUUAAGUGAUUUGCUAAAUUCGCUCUUCCGGAAAUCUAAGAAAAAAGUUGUUAUUCAUCUAAACUUUUGUUCCCUUUUUUUUGCGAGGUUUCUUGGUGACAGACGUCAUCAGCGAAGUCUGCCCGUUAGCAUUAAAGACCCGAGUGAUCUGGGAAUCCGCUUUCUGCAGGGCAGGGAAAGAGAGAAUUCCCCAAUGAUAUGUCAAGAGCCCAUCAUUCCAAGAUCUCCAGUACAGGUAUAUACGAUACUGCUGUUUAAAUGCAUAAAUCUGCCUUUUCAUUCAUUUAAAAAUAUUAUAUGGAUGAGUAAAAUUGUACUUAUGUCGUAAAUCGCUACGCUCAAACGAGGUUCGUUGUUUUGACCCAAAAUCAUCAGAACUCAACCAAACAGUGUGUUUAUAGAGAAAUAUCCAAUAUUUUUAUGAAGUAUAAGGACGAUUAUGAUGUAAGGUAAAGUCAAAGAGUUAUACUUGUAGCUUUUUGUCUAGGCUUUCCUCGACAUACAUAUAUUUGGCAGUUAUCAUCUCCCAACUGCCUUGCAACUCCGGCAGUUUUUCCACAAAUAAAUUUAAGCUGUUCCGAAUAUUGGAUGUUAGUCAUAAUACUCCGCUGAAACAUACGUUUUGGAGGCCGCAGUCUUCCGAGAUGAAACUUAGGGUGUACCUGGCGGUAUCCUUGUGAAAAACAUGUGGCUGCACCCAUAUAUUUUCCAGAGACACUAAUUUGGCGGCAGUGAUCCAUUGAUAUAAAUAUGUUUACCCUUCCUGUAAACAUUAUUGCUUGCUAAUGUUUCCUAUACGCUUGAUAUGAAAUUUAACAUGGCUGGGAUAAGCUUUGCUGUAUUCAUUUUGCCAAAAAAAAAAAAAGAAUCAACAAAUACUCAAGAAAAUAAAGCGGCCACACUAGGACCCGGCCUUCCGAUCCUUUGAUGAAGUUUUAUUUAAAUACCAGUAGUAAUCUCAGGGAUGAUCAUCUUACGAAAUAAGAGUCAUGUCGGAAAAAGUAAGAGUUUGCAUGGGAAUAAUUACGACCGUUCUCAGGAAUAAAAAAAGGAGAAGUAAACUUAGAUAUGGAUAACUCGCUAAAACGGCCUAGUUGAAACAUACGGUUUAAUCUAGCCGACAGAAAAACACUACAAUCUUACAAACUCUACUACUUUAUUAAACAGUAAGUAAUGUUCUUAGCAAGGAGCGACUCCCAAAAGCAGUACAUUACUUAUCGUUAAUCAGCUUAAUUAAGCUCACACAGUUUAUAUCCUAGCUCACCACUGACGUAAUCUCACUGCUGUCUCCAAAGCUUUCAAAACAGUAGUCGCUCCGACAACAACAACUACUACUACCACUACAUAAGCGAGUCUUCACAUAUAUUCACAAAGUGUUCUGGAACAUUCCAGAAGCUUACUUAAGAACUAUUUUAGUCGUAUUAGAUAAUAAAUACGUGACUUGAUGAAAUUUUCUGGAAAGUUCUACGGUAUGCAAGUCAGCAUGACUCAACAGUCUGGAAAUUUCUAGCAGCAACAACAAUUAUCCAUAACACAAUGCACUAUGAAAGUAAAGUGAGGUAUUUUUAUUGAGAAUUUGACUGUAUUUUUUUAUUCCUUAUGGAGGUUGUUAAUAUUCUUAUACAAAUUGUUACAUUUUCGGCAUGACUCUUGUAGCCGGCAGAGCAGACGUAAUUUUGGCGAGCGAGUGCUCGGUAUUUUCUUGAAGAAAAUUAUGGCCGCCACCCUUGAUUUCAAUGGCAGCAGAACGCUGGGGAGAGAAAGAAAUUUGUACCAAAGGGGCGGUCGACGGUCAAAAAUAAGGAAGCGAAGAUAACGCUUGCCCAAAGUCAUUUCGUUCUUGCGAGAGAAAGAUCGAGAAAGAGAAAGAAAGCGAACUCUGAUUGUGAAUUAAUUAGUUUCGAUUCCGCUCUUGAGGAAGCACUACUUGCUCGAAAACGUGGUCUUCCUCAUUUGCAGCAGUCUGGCGCCUCAAGUCUUUUGUCUUUCCUAAGCUUACGUCUGAGACCUCUGAGUUUAUCUGUUCACUGCCAGACUAUCCGAAUGUUAGUGUUGUGAUUCCAUGGAAUUCUUUUCCUACCGAUAGAGACUUUUCUUUAAUUCCAAAGGUAUUUGUACCCGAUGUUGCAUUUGUAGGAAAUAAUUGAGGUGAUGAUGAUCAUGAUAAUGAAAUUUAUUGUCAUCAUUAUUGUUUUCAUUAAUAUCAAUAAUACAAUAUCUAUCAUUCAUUUCAUAAGACUAUAGUAGUGAUUAGUUUUUGAUUUGGUGUAUUACUUUUAUAUUUUUGAAGUUACUAUCUAUGCCUCUGCUUUUUACUUAUUUGUCAUUUUUCUCAUUAUUUAGUCAUUUUAUUUAUUUCCUCAUUUCUAUUCACUCCAUACGCACUCGUAAUAUUGCAAAUUUUCCCUCCUCCAUCUAGGUUCCUGUUCCUGUCAUCUCUGACUUUGAAGAAGGAAGUGGUCAGUUGUUGUUUUUAUUGCUAGUUUCGAUGUUCGAAUAAAUGCAAUUUACCAGACCAGUCAUCAUUGUUCUAAAAUACGCAAGCUCCAUGGGUUUGAAACUGUAGCAUUUAGUGACAAAGCAAGGUGUUCUCAACGCAAAGUCAAUAUAUCCUGCCUUACAUAUGUUAAUAAAUCGGGGCAUGCCUCCCCCACGCCCAACAGUGAUGGCUUAUUGUCUCUGGAACGUAGCAGUAAACUCGAUCCAGACCUUCACGGUACGUGCGUCCUUCCUUGUCAGGAGUUUGAUGCAGGAAUCGAGUAAAGCGCAAAACAGCUUGGGAAAGACCCAAAGAAGUGUAAUUCUCUAGAAAAUUAUUCCGUUGGUUAGAUCGAAAAAAAUAACGGAGUAACUCUAACAAUGAAAAGUCCUAUGUACCCUUCUGUUGCUUUUCAUAUAAAAUCUAGGAUCGAAUAUGUUUAUUUAUAAAAGCUGCCUUCGCCAAAUUUGUCAACGCUGCUCCUUGCUAAGUACAAGAGAAAUCAUUAAAACUUAAUGCACUUUAAGUUGUGAAGGCUGGGUCUUACUUGCAAUAGUUCUCAACCUAGCCAUGUCAUGAAUCCCAUUAUUUUGCAGGUAUUUCCGCCCAAAGGAUGAAACAUUCAAUUGUAAAGCAUCCAAAUUCAGAAUCAUCGUCAUGCAGUUCUGUUGCAGCUCCUAGGAAGAGGAAGAGGAAACGCCACUCUGCAGGUAGUACCGAGGUUGAAAAUAUUUCGAAGGAUUUUCCUUUUUAUUGCAUUUUUUUUUCAAGUUUGCAUAUUGCUGUUACACGUUUAUGUAUGGUAAAUUUGUUUAUGCAGUAGGACUGGCAUUCUAUUUAUCAGAUAUCCUUUACACUUAGUUAUAACGUGAAAAGAAUAAAAAAUACUGAAUUAAAACUGGUCGCCAGUACUAAUUAAUCACCCUUGUAUCUUAAACAACUAUCACCUAACCAACAUUGGCGGCUGGAGACUGGCUAGAAGACGUUAUUAAUUACCUCCAUUUUCAAGAUGUUUGUCGGGCCAUACACGAAUGAAGAGGUCAGAAAUGGAUAAUGAGUCUGGAAAACUCUCCAAGCGUUUCUUUGUUUUUAUGGGUUGGGAAAGUGGUUCCCCUGCUGCUGCAAAUGUCUCCUCGGCCAAGCCUGACAGUCUUUAAGGCCAACGAUUCGGUAUUGAAUGAUACCAAAAAGGGAAGUCGCCUUUCGCCAAAACUGUUCGCUAUUCGCCAAAGUCUUGAAGCACCCUUUUCUAAUUUUUCAUUCUGCUUUCAUUAUCAUCUUCAGAUUUGGUUAAGGCUGAUGGACCAUCAGAUGACGUGUUAGAAGAUCUGGCUCUGGAACUUGGAGGAAAAUGGGAGAAAUUAGGGAGACGCCUGGGAUUCAACCAAACUACAAUAGAAAACUUUGAUUCAGCCAAAAGGGAGCUGGAAGAUAAGGCUUUUAAAAUGUUAAUGGCUUGGAAACAAAAGGAAGGCUCAAAUGCCACAUAUAAAGUUUUGUACGAUGCCUUGUGUAACAAAAAGGUGCAAUGCAAACUUCUUGCAGAAACGUUUUGUUGCGAUGAGAUUGAGUACUCCAUGGCCAAAGAGCGUCUGUAUGAAGGAUUCGCGCUUAGUGAGCGCGUCAUUUCCCUUGCGCUUGAAGAUGGGAAAAAUUCUCUUCAGAGAAUAGACAUUUAAUCGUAUUUUUGCACUCAAGAACCGCUGGCUAAAGAACAUCGAGGUCGGUAUUCACUGAGAUGUCCAGAACGACAGAGCUGAAUAACGUUUGCGUAUGCGCUAGGCUUUGGCGCGGAAAACAGAUUUUGAGUUGUGUGCACGUUCGAUUUUCUAUGCUAUAUCUUCAGGGCGUUGUUUCCUUGCUGCUUUUCUUCUACAGAACAACUUCCAAAAACCUUGUACACACUCUCAAUAUUUUAAAAACUUAAAUUUCUUCUUAAAAACACUGGAGACAGGAAAAUGACUUCAACGAAAACAAAAUGCAUUUGUUUUAUGUGCUAGCCCUAUCUUUGUCCGCAAAUUUCGCUGAAUUUUAACCUCGAACGCUUGAGCCCGCGUUAUUGACCGCUAGCUGUGACGUAAGAUUUCGUUAUUCAGCUCUUUUUUCUAGAACAUAUAACGCACAUUACCACCCUCAAGCAUCUUAUUUAAUACCUCAGCUUGAAAUUAGAAUGCAUUUUCUCCUUAUUAUUCUCUGUACAUUUCCUAAGGAACAGACAAAGAGAAUUGGUUUAACAGUUAAGAGCUUCUUAAGUUAGUGAUCAGUUACUAUAUUCUCGUGUUCUUAAUUUUUGAUUUAGGUUGACACUGUAAGGAAAAAUUAGAUGCUAGACACUAUUUGAGUUUAAUUAAUCGUCUGUGGUUAGCUUGAAUUAACAGCGUAAUUUUGUAUAGAGUGAGAUUCCCCUUGUCUCAGUGUGGUGGAUAAGUAUAAAACGUGUAACGGCCUUAGAUUAUAAAAUUUGUAGAUGCUGAGCUACCUUUUUGUUCUUAAAAAGUGUGAAAGUUCAGCAAAAAUCAAAUACAAAAUGUCUCUUUCUCA